AUUUUUACUCAUUCUAUAUGCAGUCCAGGACAGGAUAUAACAUAUCCGCAGUCUACUCAGUGAAGUUUGCUUUUAGUUGCGUCCACAAUAAACGGUGAUUGUAAAAGAAUACCACAACUUGGAUCUUUGUUCUACAAUGUGGCGAUCCACAAGCGAAAGUGGAUUUUACGCAGGAAAAUUAGACGGGGGCAAGGUGCAGAAAGUAGCGUAAAGUGGAUACCCAAACUGGUGGACCUAAACAACACUUCAGUUAUUACUUGGAACAGGAAUUUACCGUUGCAUCUGUUAUCAACAUAGAGUUAUAUAUAUUCAUUACAGCUCUUUACUUUGUUGGGGAUUGAAAAAAUGUAAAUGACCAUAGAUGUGUGUCAAUUGAGAGCAGAAAGUCUGACACUGUUCUCUUGGUACGUUGUUGGAGCGCUCCUGUAGAUAAUCAGGACUGUCCAACUUGCCAAGAUGCUUUAUUUGUCUCUCUUUUGGAUAUUGCCAAUUGUCACAGUAUUCAUUUUCAAACUUCUGACAGGUGUGCACUGCCAGGAGCUGUCCAAGGACUCCAAGAGCCAAGCUCCCUUCCCUGUCUACCCCUCAGUUGGCUACCAGAUCCUCAACGCAGACCACCUGCUGUUGAGGGACUACAGCCAGGAGCUGCUGGGGAACUCCAGCCUGCAAGCCCAGAGGCAGGCCUUCCUCAUUACCAACUCCGGGGCGGGCCGCCUGCAGCCGGCCGUCAAUGUCACCUUCGGCUCCCUGUCUGUGGAGAGACCCAUCGGCCCAGAGCUGCUCCUUGGCAGUCGCAGGAUCCUCCCUGUCAUCCUGGCACGCCAGGUCCUCUCCUCUGCCCCCAUUAUCAGGAUCCUCUUUCACAUGCCCAGUAUGGCCAAUGGAGGUGACGCUGGCGGGGGCAGGGCUGGGGAGGGGGUGGAGGUGGGUAGUGGUGGGAGGAAGGGAACGGAGGAGGGGGCCCACUGUGUGACGGCGUAUGCCUUCUGUGAGACGCAGGAGGUGCGGGGGGCAUGCCUGCUGUCCCCAGGGGGUUUCUGUGUUGCCCAGUUGAAGCCCGACCCGGCCUGGUUCAGCCCCACCAGCCGCUCCUCCAGCUCCGACAGCAGGGAUAGACAGGGAGAGGUGCAGGGUAUUCCCGUGGAGAUCUACUUCCAGAGCCGACGGGACUGGACAGGCCAGUGUGUUCCCCAGGACAGCCUGCAGCAUGCGGGGGUGGGGAGGGGUGGCCCAGUGGGGUCUGGUAUACCCAUGAGGAGGGUAGGGAGUGUCAACAUCCUAAAGGCACCACCUGAAAGCCCUACGUUCCUGCGUCUGAGGUUAGGGGGAGCCGUGGUGGUCCAGACCUCAUCCAAACCACUGAGGACCACCGACAUGGCCACCUUCUAUGUGUUCCUGUCCAGUGUGUCUGCUGUGGAGAGCUUCACUCUUAGAGCCACAGUGAGGAAGGGCAUGUCGUUCAGUACAGCGAGGCCCAGUGACUCAGCCUUAUGGGACAUCGCCCUGGAGCCUGGCAGAAGGGGCGCAAAUACCAUCUCUGUCGUGUGUCAGAGGAAGACCACCAAUCCCGGGAAAAGGGGUCUGUUGGAGGUCUUGCAGCUUGACUUUGAGACCAAGGAGUUGACUGAGCAACAAUUGGAGAGCCAGAUGAUCACAUGGCAUUUGGAAACAGGACACAUUAAGGAUGUUGGCAUCAUGAAGAUCUAUACCACCCAGAGAGACUACGUAGGCCUGACACCACUGGUCAUGGACAGUGAUGUGAUGAACACAGCUGUUCUGACUGGUAAGAAAGUGUCUGCCCCAGUCAGGACUCUGGCUGUGGAGGCUGACGGCACUGUCACCGAUGUCACCAACUAUACCAACUGUAGGUCCACUGACGAGAACGUGCUGAAGGUGUCGGAUCGUUGUGACUAUGUGUUUGUUAAUGGGAAGGAGACGAGGGGGAGGAUGAGGAUGGUGCUCAACUUCACCUACAGCUACCUGAGUGCCCAACUGGAGAUGAGUGUGUGGAUGCCCCGCCUCCCCCUGCUUAUCGACAUAGCCAACCCCGAACUCAGCCAGAUCAAGGGCUGGAGAGUCCCCGUGGCCGCCGGCACCAAGAGGACCAGCUGGGACAGUGAGGAAGAGGAGGAGAUAAGGAAGAGCAGAGGCUGCAUGCUACAGUACCAACACACCGUGGUCAGGGUGCUCACACCCUUUGUGGCCGAGCCGUCGGACCGAUCUCCAGACCCCAUGGUAGGGGGAUUGGGGGGGUCUCUGGAGACUUUCCUGGGGCCAGACUGGCAGGUGGAUGUCACCAGGCUGGUGCGCUACUCUCUCAGGGUGGGAGACCAAUCUAUAGCCAGACUACAUGCUGGGACAGUACUGCAGGGACGCGCUGCAGGGACCACCACUCUACAGGUGAUGUCUCCUCUGUCUGACUCGAUCCUGGCUGAGCGGAUGGUCAGGGUUCUGGAAGACAAAGUGAGUGUGACAGAGCUGGGAGUGCAGCUGGUCUCUGGCCUCUCUCUGUCCCUCCAACUCAGCCCAGGGAGAAACAUGGCCAUCAUUGCCACGGCUACAAUACAGGAAGUCAUGCAGAGACCCAAACAGGAGGCAAUUGUCAGCUGCUGGAUCCAGUUCAGUGACGGCUCAGUGACCCCUCUGGACCUCUUUGACCGCAGCAUCUACUCCCUGACUGUGACCUCCGGGGACAAGAGUGUGGCGACCGUGCGCCGGACCCCCCAGUCAGCAUUUGUGGUGGCGGAGGGUGAGGGUCAGGGGGCGCUGGUGAAAGCUGAGCUGAGGAUCUGUGAGGAGUGCCAGAAGUCUAAGAGGAAGAGCAAGCUGGUGGUGGGCAAUGGGCUUCUUAGGGUCACUUUCCAGAAAGGCAGCAGGAUGGACGGAGGGGUCACUGGUGGUGCUACUGGCUAUGGCAGUGAAGGUUCAGAGUCAGAGGUAGAGCCUGAGCCAGUCGUGACAUCACCACGAGAACUCACGCCAGUUGUGACCUCACCACGGGCUCUGAUCGAGGGGGACGGAGACAGACGCUCGUUCAGGAGCACCGUGCCAGACUGCCAGGACAGCACUGUAACUGAUGUCACCACGUCAACAGCCAGGGAUCAGCAAGUUGCUGGAGGUGGCAUUUCUACCAUCAGAGAGGGCAUCAGCAGCACCACCACCAACACUGACAGUAGUACCACCACCAGGGAAAAACCUGGCACGGACAAACCUCAGGUGUCUGGCAGACCUGGCAGGGACAGAAGCCUGGGCAGAGGACAGGAGCUGAGGAGAGACUGGCGGAACGUGGUGGAAAACCCCAACCAGAAGAAAGAGAUGCCCAAAGCAGAGGCACCACCCCAGAAAGAGCAGCCCAAGCCGCCCCAGAUGGUGGAGAGUGACCUGGUGAAGACGUUCAAAGCCAUGUCAGACCUGGAGAUUGGCAUCUUCGCGCUGGUGGGAGUCUCUGUCCUUGCUAUCCUGGCCUUCCUGCUCAACUGCGCCUCCUAUAAUAUCUGCUUCCGGGUCAACAAGACCCCCGUCCAGGGCAACCCAGACCCCAACGGCCCCAAGGAGCACAGGCACGACUGGGUGUGGCUGGGGACCAGCACAGGGCCAGCGCCGGACAACCCACCCCUGGUCUCCACCAUCAAACGGGAGAACCACGGCUCUAUUGAGUCCCACUGCAGCCUGCAGAGACAAUGCUCCACAGAUAGCCACAGGGCUCUAGAGAGCAGCCUGAGUAUGAGUGCUAUCCCAGAGAGGACUGCCACCUUGGGUAGGAGGAGCAGCUCCCAGCAGGUUCCCACCCUGGACCCCAUGGCUCAGGGUUCAGCCACCCUCCUAGCCAAGCCAACCCGCAGCGAUCCACUCCACUCCCCCACCAGCAAGAGGAAUCAGGUCCAGUUCACCACCUUCACCACACUGGACGUUAAGCACUUGGCUGCCCUGAAGAGGAACGGAGUGGACUUUAACUGGGCCAGUCAGGCUGGGGGAGCUGGGGAGCCUAAGGGGCCUCUACCUGACAUGCUAUGGCCUGUAGUCACACCCCUGGGCCAACCACAGUGAUACUCCACAUGGGUGUGUGUGUGUGUGUGUGUGUGUGUGUGUGUGUGUGUGUGUGUGUGUGUGUGUGUGUGUGUGUGUGUGUGUCUGUGUUCUGAACCUGUUUAAGUGUUUAAAUGUGUACAACUUAGUGAGGAUACACUUUCUAGUAUACAUAGAGUAUACACAUAUUAAUAGGUGUAAGGUCUCUUCCUUUCCAUUAAGUCACACACAUGACCAAAUUACGAAAUUAAUGACCAGACCUCAUUAAUACAGGAUGGUGAAAAGUGUUGUAUGCUUAUAACUGUAAAUAAUGUACUGUAUAUUUCUACAGAUAGUUAGUUGUUUACACAUUUCUAACUGUUUAAAUACAUUUAAUUACUGUUUCAUUUCAUGUCACUUUUGAACAUUUGUAUGAGAAAAUGCAUCAUGAUAUAUUUGUAUGUGGUUAUACACUUUCCAUGCUUUGUAUGUGUCCUAAACAGAAUAGCUUAGAGUUUGUUCAAUUUGUCAGAGAAAAUGCAAUAUUUAUAAAAUAUAUUGGUGCUCUGACAAAUGGUGCUCUGUGUGUGCAAUACUAUUGCCUUUUUUAAGGCUGAAAAGGGAUGUUAAAUAUAGUGGA